GAUUCUUUCGCCAUUACGUCUUCACCUUAGAUAUUAAAUUCUCCCAGUUAAAUGCCCUAAAAGCCAUGUGUAGUCAUAUGUUGCUGUUCAUUACACGUUCCCUCCAAGCUCUGUUUGGUGCUGCUAUGAUUCAGCUAAAAAAACAUGAAGUCAUUUAAAUGAUUUGCCUUGCAAAAACAUCAUAUUUUUGCAAGCUUUAAAAUGUUAUAAAAAAGCGCUGUUUUGUAUGUGAACUGAGAACACUGUUGCACAACGUUGUUGUAAAACUUUUUACCACUUUACCAUCUUAAUCCAUCAGUCAAAUUUGUCAAAUUCACUCCCAAUCAGAUAUUAUGGAUAAAAAAAUAUUUUGAUUUUGUUACCGAUUAUUAUUUUUAUUUUUAUGAUACUAACUGGUUAUUACCUUCAUUAUUUCUUGCCAAUAUAUAUUUUUUAUGAAACCAAAUACAUUUCUCAGUAAACAUUCGGCAUUACGUCACUUCCAGUUACUCGCGCGGGUCACAUCUUGGCUGAAUGUGAUGAGGACCGUUGCAAUUCUCCAAGAAGGCGAUGUUGUGUGUCUCCAGAAGUUGUGCUGUAAGGCCCCUCCUCCACCUCGACCGGAGUAUGAUGUCGUGUGCAUUGGACUGAGCGGUGCCGGCAAGACCAGUCUGCUAUCUCGCUUGUGCAAUGAGAUCAGUGAUGGCACGGUACCAACCACAGGUUUCAGCAUCAAGGCAGUGCCAUUCGAAAAUGCGAUACUGAAUGUGAAGGAACUAGGAGGAGCGGAGACCAUCAAGAAAUACUGGAGCCGAUAUUAUCAGGGUUCCCAAGGAGUGGUGUUUGUCCUCAACAGUGCUGCAUCAGACGAAGAGAUGGAGGCGUCCCGGUCUGAGCUUCUCUUGGCCAUGCAGCAUCCUCAGCUGUGCACACUUCCUUUCCUCAUUCUCGCCAACCACCAGGAUUCACCAGCUGCCCGUUCUGUAGCAGAGAUUCAGAAGUUUUUAGAAUUGCAGCCACUGGCCCGAGGGAAGCGAUGGAUUCUUUCAGGCAGCACGACGAGCAAUAUGGAGGCCGUGAAGGAAAGUUUCAGUCAACUCAUCUGCCUUUUGGAAGAGAAGGAGGUGCUACCUAGCAGGAUAUGAUUCAAUCAAACUUCAAAGUGGAAAGUGGUUUUGAAGUGUUUUUUUUUUUUUUUUUUUUGACUUCUUUGUCGUUGUUUUAUAACCCACUGGAGACAUAGAUGCAAAUUGCCACAUGUUUUGAUGAGCUGACUGACAUAUUUGUAACCCUCAGGUCAAGGGCCACACAUAUGCUGAUUUAGUAGCAGGUGAACCAAAGUCCUUUAAAGAGAUCAGAUUUGUACCAUUAUUUGUAAAUGUAAUUAGCUAUUUGAUAACCUAUUUGUUGUUUAUUAGUUGGUUGUCAUGUGGUGUGAGUGUGGAAUUUAUGUUAAUAAUAUAUUGUACAUGCAAUAUAAACAUACAAUAUUUGUAUGAACUAAUCCAUAUUUCUUAUAAUGGCUCAGAAUCGUAAUAAGCAUCUUUAUCGAAGAUUAUUAUAUUAUAUUAUUUGUGUUAUUGUUUUGUUUUAUUCAUUAAAUCUAGUGUCCAUUGCACUCAUUAUUCUUUCUUCCUUUUAAGAGAAUGUUACAAUGUUUUUCUAGACUAUAUAUUGAGUUUCUUAAUACUGGUUAUGGGCACACUACUUACGUUUCUUUUUGUCAGAUUUCUGUCUCCAGACGAUGUUGUUAGUUUUGUUGUUUGAAAAGACCACUUACUCAAUUUACUUGGCACUGGUCAAGCUGUUUUCAGGUUUGAGCUGGAAUACAAACUCUAUCAAUCAGUGUCUGCAACAGCUGCAUUUGACAAGUCCCUGUCCGCCAGGCUUAAGCCCUCCAACCGUCUGCGGAGACUCCUCCCCGUCUGCCACCUCACUCCUCGCCCAGCCACGCUCUGCGGCCUCACCCGCUGUUUCCUGCUGGUAUUAUCCAAAUUCCUCUCCACAAAUUUAGAUUCCUGACUGCGCACCUCUCUGAUGUGUUAUUUUGUCUCACGGGAGUCUCUGAGUAGUUUAGGACUAACACAUGCUGUGUUUCUGUAUUUAUAGUGUGAACUAGGUUGUACAUGUUUUGCCCGCCAAUAGCCACUCGAUGUCUUAUUUUUUGCAACAACAAGAAGCAACAUAUUUGUACUGCCUUUAACUUGAUUUGAGGCUAUGUACCGUUAGAUGUAUCAUGAGAUCCUUUCUAAGU